AUGGAGGGUGGCAAGAACGUUGCCGGUUACCUGACUGCUCUCUUGGAUCUGCUCGUGGACCGGCAAGAUGCCUUCGUGCCAGGAGACUUCCAGGCAGAAGAAAGGGAGCUGUACGGCUUGGACUGUCUUUUCAAGGCCCUGGUUCGGACUCUUCGGCUGCUGGAUGUCUCUGUGGACUCAUGGCAAGUUCAGCCUCUGAAACACACAGAGCGCAGCGCUUGCGUUAAGCCAAGGACCUUCCCUGGGUUUCACGCGCUCUUUGCCACCUUGGCUGUUUUUUGUCCCUUUCGGCGGCUCUUCGUGCCUUCCGCUUCGCCUGCGACCUCCUCAUCCCCGGGCAGGCUGCCUGCGAAAUCUGCUUUGAGGCUGUGCGCGUUGCCUGUCUUGAAAGGGGGUGACGUUGACGGGCCUGCGGACGGUUACGGGGGAGCAGCUGAACGGCCCGUGGUGUGGUGCAAAGCUUCCACGCUCCAACGGGUCCGCUUGAAUGAGGGCGACCCUCCCAGCGAAUGGAAGAAGAUUCGGAGAGCAUGUCUGGAGUCGGUGGCCGAUAUCUUCGACGCCCUGCUCCUUAUGAUGCACAAUGAGAGCCGUGACGACUUGAGCACCCUGCAUUCUCACCUCAGUGCGUCCAUGUGGGAGGCGCUGAUGGAGUGUCUUGGCGAUGGAAGCCUCGAAGCCUCUGCACUGCUGGACCUUUGCGGCAAUGCCACCUUAUGCUCGGUCCUUGCCUGCCACUUGUUCUCGGUUCCGCUGGCCCCACUUGCCGCUGGGCAGCUCUUUGCUCCUCAUCGUGUCCUGCGGUUGCAGGAAAGCUUUGCCCACGCUUAUUGCAGACUGUACCAGCCAGAUGCCCUUUGGGGCACCGGCAAAACCGGCGAAAUGGCAGACUUGCAGGCCGAGCUGGAUAGCUACGUGCUGAAUCUCGCCGGCGCAGCAGUCCAGUUGGAAGUCUUAGGAUCCUUUCUCCAAUGCUGCGAGACUCAUGUGGCCUGGGCCAGGUCUGGAAAUGCAUCGGGCUCUCCGACGGCAGUCCUGCUAUGUCGUCUGGUCAGCACGCUGGCUCUUGCGUCCAUGCACGGCAGCGGGGAGCUCGUGCAGCGGCACAUGGUCAUGCUGACGCCCGCCAUCUUGACUCUUGCGGACUCCUUCGCCGAACUGCUCAUCGCCCGACUGCCCGAGGCAAGAACUUCAGCUUCGGAGCCUCUCCUCGCAGCUCAAGCCAUGCUAGACGCUGUGGUGGGACUUGCCAGUCUGCGGGCUGCAGAUUGCUGCAGACACAGCAAAGAUCCAGACCUUGCGAUGGUCGAGGCACUGGCGGGCCGCUUCCUGGAGUGCCAAGACGUGCACCCCGCUCUGCUUGCUCGCCUUGCCUUAGGGCUGCUAGCCUCCCCGGUCCUGAGGGAGGUGCUCCAGUGUUAUCAGCGGCUGACAGAUGAGGAGAAGGCUAUGUUUUGGCAGCAGGUGGACACGCGGAGCCGUUUGCUCUUCAAGCCUUCGUCGGAGGUGAGGCAUUGCCUGCAGGAUGCUGGAUUCGAAGUGAAGAAUGGGCCAAGUGAGGCGCAACCGCUUCUGGACUUGCUCAUGGAGCGAUAUGUCGAACAACUUUCGAGCAGUUCAGCUGGCCCGGCUGACAUGGCCGAAGACAGCCCACUGGAAAUGACCAAGCGGCUCUUGCGAUUGGAGGAGGAAGCGACAACCGAGAAAAGUUUGGAAGCUGAGUCAGUGCGGUCGCCAAUUUCGCCGAAGCCAAACGGAUCUCUUGGUGCUGUGAGUCUGCCGGCCUUUGAAUCACCAGCCUCACCAGCACCCCGGCGCAAGGCAGAGAACUUGGCCCGUGGAGACAUUGCUCGACUGCGGGGCGUGGAUCCCUUGGAUGCUCCGGAGGAUCUGCGUUGUGCAAUCGACGGAAAGCUUAUGGCAGCUCCGAUACGAUCGCCUCACGGCCAUUUCUUCGAGCGAGACACGCUGCUUCGGUGGAUUAGCAGCUGCGGUAGCAUUUGUCCCAUCACCUCGAAGCCGCUGAGAGCAGAGGAUUGCGAGCCCGCUCUGGAGAUGCAGCAGAGAGUCCUGGAUUGGGUCAAGGCUGCCCAGGCCGCUUACAAGCAGAAGCUCAAG